AUUGCAACCCUGCAUCUAAAAGCGCGUCGUCUUCGCGUUGUAGUUGUAUUUAUUGUUGAGUUUUUCUAGUUUUUUAACUAAUAUAAGUGAGUGUGCGCGCAGUAUUAGAGUAUAGAAUGUACAACUUGUGUUGCUUUUCGAUUUAAAUACCCAAAGUAUGACGUCCAUAGAUAGUGUACGCGUGCUGCUUCAGUCUCUGCCAGCAGCAUCGCCUGCUGCUGCCAACAACAACAACAACACACAGCAAAAUGAGUCGACGCCGGCAAAACUUGGCGCUGUGGGAACACCAUUGCGCGCGAGAAAUACACAGCAACAACAGCUACAAGCACAACAGCAGCUAAUUUUUGGAACGCCAGAAAAGUCGCAACCUGGAGUGGCACCUGCAACUGAAGAGCAGCAGCUAAGUGCUCCGGACGAAUUUUGGCGUGAUUUGCAUCAGUUUCAUGAGCGACGCGGCACCCCACUGACGCAGGCGGCCAAGAUUAGUGGCCAAAAUGUGGACUUGUAUCGUCUAUAUCAAGAGGUCACGGAACGCGGUGGCUUUAAUAAGGUCAACAUGCGCGACGAGUGGGACGACGUGUACAGCGCGCUGGACACGCUGCGGGAUCGUUGCGUUAAUGGCACCGCUGGUAUAAAGCAUAUCUACCGUCGCUAUCUGGAUAAAUACGAGCGCCUAAACUUUUUGGGAGAGGAUCCGGACAAGCUGGAAGCCUUGGAGGCGGCCAUCGAGUGCGUUGAACUGGGCGCCAGCGCCAGUCGCGCGCGCUCUCGUGCCUUGGCCGGCGGUGUCAUUGGAGGUGCAGGUGGCAGCUUGACAGGUAGUGGACUGGGAAGCAUUUUUGGCAUGGCACACUCUACGCUGACAGCCGUUCCCAUGGCGUACAAUCAGCGCCAGCACAUGGUGAAUGCGGAUCGCCGUCGUCAGUACAAAAUGUCGACACAGCUGCACAAGCACAGCACCUAUGACAAGCUGCUGUUGUCGCUUCUAUCGCCGCUGCCUAACGAGCAGGAUUUUGCCAUCAAUGUGUGCACACUGAUGGCCAACGAGCCGCGGUCAACUCUGCAACUGACCGAGUGCCCAAAGCUCCUGGAUGUCUUGCUAGCUCACUUGGGCGUCUAUGCGGAUUACAGCAUGCGUCAGCUAUUCCAGCAUGGCCACAACAAUGCGGGCAUGUUGGUGCGAAGGCAUUCGAAACUUAAUUUUUGGCGGGAUUUGCUGUACGAUAAGCCACAAAUUCUGGACUUGUAUACGGAUGAACAAGCAUGGCUGGACAAUGGUCUGAUUAGCAAGGAGAGUGACUGCGAUGAAUAUCUGUUCCAAUCCGAUGAACUCGAUUUCGAGCUAGACUUUUUGAAUCUGCGUCGCAGUCAUGGCACGGACGAACGCAUUGGUCAGCGAGUGCUACAAAUUGUGCAGCUAUUGAGAAGCUUAAGCUUCCAUCAGGAGAACGUCCCGCUACUUGCGUCCAAUCGUACGCUCUGGCGAUACUUGGUCAUGGGCGCCAAUGUGCGCUGGAGCAACAUUCACAUUCAGGCUUUGGAAACGGCUGGCAAUCUGGCGCAGCAGUUCGACUUACUCGAUCCUGCUACGGACGAGCUAUCGCGGAAUCUGCUGGCCACACUUUGCGAGGGUAUCGAAUCGAAUGAUCGUGCCGUUAUAAUCAGCUGCCUGGAGAUACUUUACAAGCUGUGCGGACGCGAGGGCAAUGCCCAGCACAUAAAUCGAUGCCUCGGCUUGGAUUUCUAUCAGCGGGUUAUGCUGCUGCUGUCGCUGACCGAUGUGAUGUUGCUUAUCUUUACCCUGGAGGCGAUCUACGCCUUGAGUACCCUGGGUGCUCGUCCAUGUUCCAUGUUGAUGCAGGUGCGUGGCCUGCUAGAUCAGUUGGUAGCUUUGCUAACUGUCGAGGCGCAGUCGUACGGCGCUGCUGGCUGCAUACUGAUGCGAGUUGUUGAGGUGGUGCCUGGUAACAUAUUGUCUACAUUAUCACAACCUGCGCCCAGCAAUCAGAUGACUCCGUUGAUGACGGUUAAGCAGCCACAGCCUCAGCCACAGCCACAGCCGCCUGCGCCAAUUGUGUCUCUGCCUCUACCAGCACCAACACAGGUGCAAGUGCUGCCGCCACAGCCGGAGACUGUUUCGCUUCCUGUGGCUGCCCCAGCUCCUGUGACUGCUCCUGUUGCCAUACCUGCUCCUAUGCCCCUGCCUAUGCCUGUGCCAAGCUUGCCCCAAGUGCAGCUGCCAGUGCCUAGUUUGCCGCAGGUACAGCUUCCGCCACCGCCCACCCAACAAGCACCAGCUCCACCUGCUCCAAUAUCAGUAGCAGCCACUACAGUUGCGCUGCCUGCAGCGCCAUCAGCGCCGCAAAGCUUUACGCACGACGACGAGACCUAUGCGCUGGCCUGGCUGGGCGCGACCUACGAGCGAGCCGGCAACGGUCAUGAGUAUCGCGUGGAGCAACAGGAGCUGUACACCAUUUACCUAUCGCAUUGCCAGAAGGCGGGUAAACUUUCGGUGGUCAACCGUCUGCAAUUUCCGCGUCUCGUGCGACUCAUCUUCAAUGCAACCGUGGGACCCGCCAUUGUGCGACAGAUGGAUGGCACGGAACUUCCCGGGACGCACUACGUGGGCAUAAGGAUGCGUGCACAACCUUUGCCCAUGCAGCAGCAGCAGCAGCAGCAACAGCAGCAACAACAACAGAAAGUAACAACAAUGCCUACCGCAAUAGCUGCUAAAAAGGAACCAACGCUGACCCCAAAGCCGGACUCAAGUGCUGAAGCGGCCGAGGAAGUGAUUGUCUCGUCCACGCCCAGUUCCUCGCUGAUUAAGAGUCUUCUGGCAAGCAAGGUUAACGAGCGACAGUUGAAGCAAAAGGCGCAGGCGCAGCCGCCCGCUCUUGUGGCCACCACAGCCUCAUCAACUGGCUCGUCAGCCGGACAGCCCAUUAAAGUAACCUCCACGGCAAUUAGCGCCUUUGUUAAUAAUCCGUUGAUGCAGCACACGCCUGUGAAGGUGGGGCAAACCACCAUAAAGCCCUUGCAUCCACAGUUGCCAAUGGAGAAGAAGCCAAUGACAGACUCGGCGCCUCCGCCGCUCGCUCCACUAAGUGGGUCCAAUGUGUUAACAAAGGAUGCGCAAGGGCGCACCGUAAUUAUACAAUCCAAGCGGAAGCUCACCAUCGAUGACGAGCAAAACAAGCGGUUGGCAUUGGACAGCACCAAUGUGGCCACUGGUAAGGAUGAGCCGCAGGUGACGCCCUCCAAGAAUGCUGCCAAUCUCUAUGCAGACUUGGCUGCCUCUAUACUAGAGGACGAGGACUUGGAUGACGUGCCGCCGUUGGCAGCGUCCAGUCAAGAGCAACAGCAAGCGCCACAGCCACAGCCCCAGCAACAACAACAGCAGCAAUUGCAGCAGCAGCAACAACAACAUCAGCAACAGCAACAACAAUUACAACUGAUACCUGCUAAGGUGCACUCGACACAGCGGCAGCUCAUCUUUCCCACUGGCAACUCGGUGGCGCCCCCGCCGCAGUUAAAAUUGGCCACAACGGCCACCAUUAAAACGGAUCAGGGCCUACAAACGGUGCCGGUUAUAUUGCAGCAGAAGACAGAGCAACAGCAGCAGCAGCAGCCAACGCAAACACAGUACGUGCUGGCGACCAAUCAGCAGGGGCAAACUUAUUUGGUUGCUCAACAGUCGGCGCCCGUGGCAGCAUCAGCUAAUGCGCCAGGCACACCCACUCUGCUAGUUGCUCAGGCGCCGCAGCAGCAGACGAAAACGAUAAUCAUAUUGCAGCAGCCGCCGGGAGUGAGCACCAGCAAUGCGCCUGGCACGCAGAAAGUCAUAAUGACGACAGCGCAGGGGCAACAGGUGCUGGUGACGACCACCACAGCACCUGCGGCGGCGGUGCGUCCGGCCACCCAGGUCCAGCAGCAACAGCAGCAAAUUUUUAUAAACCCGCAACGAGCAGUGACCGCCGCAUUGGGCGCGGGUCAAAUGUCGCCCUCUCUGCUCUCACAGCUUAAUCAGAUACCUGCAACCAUAAAGCUGCAUCAGCCGCAACCAGCGCAACCCGCGCAGCUGCAUCGCGGCGGCAUUGUUGCUAGCAAAACAGCGCCCAUACCUCAGCUACAGCAGCAUCAGUCCAUCAUACAGCAGCAUAUCAUCUCGAGCCCUGCAGCUGGCGUAGACAAGCGGCAGCUGCUGCUGGGCGGCAUCAAGGAGACAACGCUCAUUACCCAAACGCCCGCAACGGCUGCCCCGUUGCAGCAGAGUCAACUUAAUUCGCAGACAAUCAUAACCACUCAACCACCGGUGGGGACCACAUCAGUUGUGGGCGCUGCACUGCAGCAGCAGCAGCAGCACAUACGCAACGUGCUGGAGCAACAGCAGCAGCAUCAUCCCUCCAUAAUACAGCAGAAGAUCACGAUGCCCACAGCGCUCACGGAUGCAGCCAAAGUGAAGCCGGUGCCAGCAAUACCCAUUGCCAAGAAACCAAUGCCGCCGCCCACACCAUCUCCUUCUCCUGCACAGCAGCAUCCGGUGCAAAUGCCAGGGCUGAAGCCCAGUCCACAAGGGCAGGUGGUCAGCGUCGAAUCAAAGCCUUCAAUAACAGUUGAAUCAAAGCCAGCGGAGCAACCAACGGCUACAGCAGUAACGGUUGUCAACAAUCCGGUCGCAUCGACGGUUGUUGCCUCAGCAACAACAACAACGGCCACGAGUAUUGUAACCAAUGUGAAUCCUUCAGUGGCGCCAGCUGUGAGCGCCGUACCCGUGGAUGUAAAUUGGCUGUUUAUUUGCGAUUGGCGUAAUUGUCCGCGUCGGAAGUUUAAAUCGCUCAACGAGCUGCAACAUCACGUUUGCAAUGUACACUGUCCGGAUCAUUUGGACUCAGGCGCUGAGAUUUAUUGCCAGUGGGGCAGCGGUCCCAGCUUGUGCGACAAUAUUGCGCGUAAGCGUUACUCGCUGAUGACGCAUCUCGUCGAUCGUCAUUUGGCACUGGAUGAUUUGCGAGCCAGCGUGCAACGGCGUCUUGCUACUGGCAUACAUAAUGUGUCGCCCGCGCAGCCGACGGUGACUAUAGUGCGCAAUGUGGGAAACGCCAAUGCGCCGGCAUCUGCGGCAGCAGCUGCUCCAGCUACUGCAGCCACGGCUGUGGGAACUUCGGCCCUUCAGGCAAUAAAACGGCAUUCGGCUGACUUUCUGAAUUCGAAGGAACUAAUGGAUGAGAACGAGGGUCCAGUCACAAAGAGCAUACGACUUACGGCUGCUCUGAUACUGCGGAAUCUGGUCAAUUACUCUUUGACGGCCAAACGAAGUUUGAAGCGUUACGAGCCGCACUUGGCCAAUGUGGCCUUCAGCAAUGUGGAGGCCAGUGGCGUACUAUCCCACAUACUACACGAGCUGAGUCAGUAAUCUCUCUACGCAGGUCCUACAACAACUAAUCAACUAUAUAUAUAUAUAUUUAUAUAUUGUAUAUGCAUAUACAUAAAUGUAUUUUUCUACACCUCUCGAUGGGUUGCUAAAGAACAUUUUUUUAAACAAAUAAUUCUAUUAACUAACGACACUAUUAAAUGUGAACAAAUUAAAU